AAAAAAAAAAAAAAAAAAACUAUACUCUCUGUACUUGGAGAUUUGUUGUAGGAUAUAGACCCAAGCUGGUCAAACCAUUUCUUUGAUCAAGCCGGCAGUACUAGGUAGUCGGCUUCUGCUCCUGUACCUAUACAUAAUAUAGUGAUGUUAAAUGGGUCGAGUCUUGACAAAUAAGAUCGUUGCUCUCUGGGUUUCUUCUGCCUUCAGAACUAGACUGCAAGCAACAAUGUUACAUAGGAAUGAGGGAGGCCUCAAUGAUUGUGGAGACAAGACGACGGAUGUCUCAAUGAUUGUGCAGUUUUUUAUCUUCAAUUUGCAGCAGAAAAACCAAAUCUUGCUGUAUUUUAUAUUCACAAGAAAGCCUCAAUCUCGAGUCAUCUAUUUAACUUGUACCAUUGGCCUCUUGUUACAUUGUACUAAAUAAAUACCAAGGAAACUAGCUUUCCUGUGCAUUACAUCUGGUUCUAGUUUCUUAGAAUUGACCAUGGCAAGUUGUGUGCAGCUUUUAGGAGCAUCACCAAGUCCAUACGUGAACAGGGUUCAAAUGGCUCUUAAACUGAAGUCUAUCGAAUAUGAGCUCAUUGAGGAGAAUCCCCAUAUCAAAAGUGAACGCCUUCUUAAAGCCAAUCCUGUUCUAAAGAAAAUUCCAGUUCUCAUUCAUGAUGGCGAACCUAUUUGUGAAUCCCUUCUCAUCGUUCAAUACAUUGAUGAUGCUUGGAAUAAUGGUCCCUCCUUACUCCCUUCCGACGCCCAGGACGCCUACUUAGCCCGGUUCUGGGCUUUGUACAUCGAUGACAAGAAUGUUGAUUUCCAGUGGUAUCCACUAUACAAGGAGCUUCGUGAGGCACCAACAGAGGAGGCAAGAAAGGAAGUUCUAGACAAAAUAUUUGAAGGUUUGGUCUUGUUGGAGAAGGCUUUUCUCAAGUGCAGCAAAGGGAAACAGUUUUUUGGUGGAGAUAAUAUUGGUUACCUUGAUAUUGCACUAGGUUGCUACAUGGGAUGGCUUAAAGUGAUAGAGGAAAUGACCUCCAUUAAAUUUCUUGAUCGAAGCAAGACCCCGGGCUUGGCAGAAUGGGCGGAGAAGUUUUGUUCACAUGACACUUUCAAAGAAGUCGUGCCCGAGACUCAGAAGCUAGUGGAAAUUUUUAAAAUGGUCCAAGGCAGGGGGAAACCAGCUUCUGGUUGAUAAUGCAUAAGAUGAUUAUUGCUGUUUCUUGGAAUGUUUGUCUUAAUUAGUUUUCAUUGGGAAAGAUAAUCUCUAUCUUUCUUUAGUUGGCUUCGGUUGUGUGCUAACUGAAAAUUGAAUAAAGUGAAGCAGUUUCAUUCUAAUAAAUUAAGGAACAAACUGUUGGAUGGGCUUCCAUUUGUAAAAGAAUAUGGGCAUGGACUGAAUUUGAUUCACUUUAAAGAGUC